CGACGGUCAAGAUGGCCGCGAUGGCCGUGACAGAACAGAGGAAUUUGCCAAGGACAGUUGGCAAUGAUGAUGGCAGUGGGAAAGAUGAUGAGGGAGGGGAACGCCGCUCACCGGGUUGAAUACCUGGUCUCAGCUCAAUUGCAUUGCUGCACCUCCCGCCAUUGAAGCGCGUCGCCAUGUCCUCUGCGAUGCUUGUGGAGGCAGAGACCCUGGCCUAAGCAAGUACACACGGAAAGAAGUUGCAACUUUCGAGCUUCCCUUCCUCAUCAGCGCCGCCUCGUACCGCUCACAACAUGAUCACUCACAAGGGACUCACAAAAGAGAACCAAGACGUCGACUGCACUGACCAGCGGGCCGUCGUUGCGGGAGGCACGCAGGGAAUUGGGGCAGGCGUCGCCCUCCGCUUUGCACUCGCUGGAGCAGACGUGUGGAUCAUCGGACGAGGCGAGCAAAAGGCCCACGGCGUCCUCGACCAGCUCCGUCUCGCAUCAGCAGAAGCUCAUCGCAGGCGUGGCGUUCAGAAUGGCAGCAGCGAUCACCAAUUCUUUCAGGCAGAUCUUCGCCGCGUCGAAGACAUCGAGCGAGUAGCCAGCGACAUCAAGCGUCGCGCAGGCAAUCGCGGCAUCGACUACCUUGUUGAGACGCAGGGUGGACCUCCGAAUGGCAGCAUCGAGCCACCAGCGUCCUCGCGAUCCCCUGAGCCUAGCUUUGCAGUCCAGGUGGCAUCGCGAUUUGGUCUGGCAUACCUGCUGACGGCAGACAAAACGAUCAAGAAAGGUAUCUGCAUGGUCGCCGCACCUGCUAGCGGCGGAUCAAAGCCGCUCGACACAGACGAUCUCGAUUUCCUCAAGGCCAAGGAGAAGGGCAAGGCAUGGACUGGAUACCUCGGCAUUCCUGGCCAAGGUCAGCGCGAGUCGAGUGUCCUGGACUCGGUGUGCCAGACGUUGGCGGAGCGCAACCCUGACCUCGUCGUCGCUCACUUGUUUCCCGGUCUCAUCGCGACGAAUGCUCCCGCCAAUCGCGGCUUUGCAUGGCCAUUCGUGCAGGCUUACAAGGUGGCUGGCUGGCUGGGUAUCGCUGCUUCGCCGAUGCCUGGGGGAUAUGCAGAAGUGCCCUUCUAUCUCAUGGCGGGCAAGGGCGGGGCUGCGUACUUGCGUCGUGGGGAGGCCAAUCUGCUUGGCGCUGGCCUUCGUCGAUGGGAUCUGAGCUCCAAUGUGCGCGAUCCUGCGGUGAGAGACAAGGUGUGGACCAAGAUGUCGUCGUACUUUCGGACGUGACGGCGUGUGAUUCAAUGAUAUUCAAUGCCAUGG